GAGGCGGGGGAUUGGUAUGCGAGCUAAUGUGUGAGGGGAGGGAGGCGUCCCGGCCGAGCGUGGUACUACGACRAGCGCGGGCCGGAGGGGGCGGGGGGAUGCGCCGCGGCGGCGGCGCGGGCACUGGGGCUGGUGUUUGGCCGCGACAGAGCAGCGGAUCCCGGUGUCGCCGCUGCAGCAGCGCUGGUUCCGCACCGGGCCCCAAGACGCCGUACCUUUCAGCCCCCUACUUUUUUUUUUUUUUAAAUAACCGGAACCAAUGAACACAGCUGGCACCCGAGCUCUGGAGGCCGCCGGUGCCGAGGGGACCAGGCUGGCGCCCGGCGGGAACCCAUGUCUGAGGCGGCGGGGGCGGCCCGCGGUGUCACCCGCGGCGGCGGCGCCUUGCGAAGCGGGCGGGUGGCCGGCGGCCGGGUCGCCGCCGCGCUUUCCCUUCGCUUCUCAUCCCGCCGCGACUCUCGGCCCGGCCUCGGGCUGGUUGCAGCGGCAGCGCUGGGCUGCAGUGCUGGUGUUCGGGCUGCUGGUGGCCGGAGCGGCGGACGGAUGCGAGCUGGUGCCAAGGCACCUCCGCGCGCGGCGGGCGGCGGGUUCUGCCGGGGCAGCCGCCUCUUCUCCCGCUGCGGCGGCGGGCGGCAGCUCGGCGCUUCUGACAGAUCCCUGUAUGUCACUGACUCCACCAUGCUUCACAGAAGAAGAUAGAUUUAGUCUGGAAGCUCUUCAAACAAUACAUAAACAAAUGGAUGAUGACAAAGAUGGUGGAAUUGAAGUAGAUGAAAGUGAUGAAUUUAUCAGAGAAGAUAUGAAAUAUAAAGAUGCUACUAAUAAACACAGUCAUCUGCACAGAGAAGAUAAGCAUAUAACUGUUGAGGAUUUAUGGAAACGAUGGAAAACAUCAGAAGUUCAUAAUUGGACCCUUGAGGACACUCUUCAGUGGUUGAUAGAAUUUGUUGAACUUCCUCAAUAUGAGAAGAAUUUUAGAGACAAUAAUGUCAAAGGAACUACACUUCCGAGGAUAGCAGUUCAUGAACCUUCAUUUAUGAUUUCCCAAUUGAAAAUCAACGACCGAAGUCAUAGACAAAAACUUCAGCUCAAGGCCCUGGAUGUGGUUCUGUUUGGACCUCUGACACGACCACCUCAUAACUGGAUGAAGGACUUCAUCCUCAUAGUUUCUAUAGUGAUUGGUGUUGGUGGAUGCUGGUUUGCUUAUACACAGAAUAAGACCUCCAAAGAGCAUGUCGCAAAAAUGAUGAAAGACUUAGAGAGUCUCCAGACUGCAGAGCAGAGUUUAAUGGAUUUACAGGAGAGGCUUGAAAAAGCACAGGAAGAGAACAGAAAUGUUGCUGUAGAAAAGCAAAAUCUAGAGCGCAAAAUGAUGGAUGAAAUCAAUUAUGCAAAGGAGGAAGCUUGUCGACUGAGAGAGCUAAGGGAGGGAGCUGAAUGUGAAUUGAGCAGACGCCAAUAUGCAGAGCAGGAAUUGGAACAGGUUCGAAUGGCUCUGAAAAAGGCUGAAAAGGAAUUUGAACUGAGAAGCAGCUGGUCUGUUCCAGAUGCACUUCAAAAAUGGCUUCAAUUAACACAUGAAGUAGAAGUACAAUACUACAAUAUUAAAAGACAAAACGCUGAAAUGCAGUUAGCUAUUGCUAAGGAUGAGGCAGAAAAAAUAAAAAAGAAGAGAAGCACUGUCUUUGGGACUCUGCAUGUUGCACAUAGCUCCUCUCUAGAUGAGGUAGAUCACAAAAUUCUGGAAGCAAAGAAAGCUCUUUCUGAGUUGACAACUUGUUUACGAGAACGACUCUUUCGCUGGCAACAGAUUGAGAAGAUCUGUGGCUUUCAGAUAGCCCAUAACUCUGGACUCCCCAGUCUGACAUCCUCCCUAUAUUCUGAUCACAGCUGGGUAGUAAUGCCCAGAGUCUCCAUUCCACCCUAUCCAAUUGCUGGAGGAGUUGAUGACUUAGAUGAGGAUACACCUCCAAUUGUGUCGCAAUUUCCUGGGACCAUGCCUAAACCUGUUGGGUCACUAGCCAGAAGCAGUAGUUUGUGUCGCUCGCGUCGCAGCAUCGUGCCCUCCUCACCACAGUCUCAGCGAGCUCAGCUUCCUCCACAUGCUGCCCUCGCCUCACACCCUCGGCAUUCCCACCAGCCCCAGCACACCCAGCACUCGUUGCCUUCCCCUGAUCCAGAUAUCCUCUCAGUGUCAAGUUGCCCUGCGCUUUAUCGGAAUGAAGAGGAAGAAGAGGCCAUUUACUUCACUGCUGAGAAGCAAUGGGAAGUGCCAGACACAGCUUCUGAGUGUGACUCCUUAAACUCUUCCAUUGGAAGGAAACAGUCUCCUCCUUCAAGCCUUGAGAUAUAUCAAACAUUGUCUCCUCGAAAGAUAUCAAGAGAUGAGCUCUCCCUAGAGGAUUCCUCCAGAGGAGAUUCACCCAUAACUGCAGAUCUUUCCCGUGGCUCUCCCGAUUGUGUAGGUCUGACAGAAACAAAGAGUAUGAUCUUCAGUCCUGCAAGCAAAGUAUACAAUGGCAUCUUAGAGAAAUCCUGUAGCAUGAACCAGCUUUCUAGUGGCAUCCCAGUGCCCAAACCUCGCCACACAUCAUGUUCUUCUGCUGGCAACGACAGUAAACCAGUUCAGGAAGCCCCAAAUGUUACUAGGAUAAGCAGCAUCCCACAUGACCUGUGUCAUAAUGGAGAGAAAAGCAAAAAGCCAUCAAAAAUCAAAAGCCUUUUUAAGAAGAAAUCCAAGUGACCUGGCUGACUUGAUGGAAUUCUGUCCAGUGGCAUCUGUAAACUUCUCCUACCCUCACUCCCUGCUUUUUGUUUUAAUUUUAGGAAUGUAACUCCAUUGGGGCUUUCCAGACAGGAUGCCAUAGUGGAAUGUCCUUAAGGGCAACUGUCUACUGUCUGCUUAUUUAAGUGACUAUAUAAUCAAUUCGUCAAGCCAGUUAUUACUGAAAAAUCUUAAGAGAUGAGACAGUUUACAGUAAUUUCUGCCUAUUUAUUUCUGCUUUGUUGUUAGUGAUGUGUAUACAACAUUUUGUUGAAAGCCACUAUGGACUUACAAGCUUUAAUGGACUAGUAAGCCAGCAUGGGCUUGCAAAAAUUUCUUGUUUACCAGAGCAUCUUCUUAUCUUUCCACAGAGCUAUUUACAUCAUGGACUAAAUAACUUAAAAGACAUAAAACUAAUUGCACUACUCUUUUCCAGACUGGGAAAAAAAAAUGUCUGCAAGUGAAACUGUAUAGUUUAUAAAAUGACUAUGGAUAGGGGACUGUUUUCACUUUUAGAUCAAAAUGGGUUUUUAAGUAGAAACUAGAGUUUCUAAUUGACUUGAUUUCUGGAAAUGAAAACCCACGCUUUUAUUAUGGGAUGCUUCUUUAAAUGCAUUUAUUAUUAUAAAGUUUCAAGUCCUGCUGUAAAGAUCAUGUUGUUUUGUUUUCCCCAGGGCUUUCACUGUGAUUUACUGCAUUGCAGGCUGUAUGAUAAAAUAGAAAUAAUUUAAAGAGAGAAGGCUCUUGAUUCCUUAUGCAAGUAAAAGAGUUGAAACUUGAUUGAAGGACUUAAAACAUUCACAAGCUUAAACUGAUGUCGGGAUAUGGGGGUUCCGGCACUUGUUUACAGACUUUGAAUAACGACAAAGGAUUUAUGACUUGUGAAAAAUUUGUACUGUGGAAAAGAUAAUAAAUUGGAGACAUUAUUGUGUGGGAUUGUGUUGAUCUUGGUUGAUAACACUCCUCAAAAAACAUUUAUCUGUUUUCUGGAGAGCUUUGUAAGCUGUCUUGUUGCUUAAUUGCAAUUUAAGAAAUAGUGAUGUUUGGAAGUAAGUUGUCAACAAAUGUCUUUCUAUUUUAUAUUGUUUGUCAUAUUUUUAUGUAGUUUGAAAUGUUUAAAUGUUCUAAUAUCAAGAUUAACAAAUAUAAAUUUAUGGUGCA